CACCAAUUUUUGUUGUUGAGCCCCAUAAUCAGAUUUUACCUUUUAUCUAUCGAUGUAUUGGAUCGAAACAUCUGCCAUUUGAAGGGAAUGUUUUUAUUCAUUUGGAUUCACAUCCAGACAUGUUGGUACCUAAGGAUAUGGAUGCAGAUUUAGUUUGGAACAAGGAGGAAUUGUUUGAAAAUAUCAGCAUUGAAAAUUGGAUGUUACCAGCUGUAUAUGCUGGUCAUUUUAGUACUCUGAUUUGGGUGAAACCUCCAUGGGCGAAUCAAAUGACUGAUGGAAUUCAACAUUUUCUAAUUGGUAAACACAAGGAAACUCAAAAAAUAAGAUUGACGUGCCCGGAGCCUUAUUUCAUAAGUGAGGCCUUAUAUUGCAAUCCGGAGGAGUUAGAAAAUAUUCGCGAGGUAACGCUGUGCGUCAUUACUAUUGGCAAAUUUAUCAUGGAUCCAUCCGAAAUAGACGAUUUCGUUGCUAUCGGCGCGAUGCUCCGGCAGUACCUGCCGGAAAAGGAUAUGUCCUACAUCCUGGACAUCGAUCUCGACUUCUUCAGCACGAAAAAUCCCUUCCGCGGGUUGUACGAGAGCGCGGGCCUUUACGAGAGGCUCGCUAAGCUCUACGUGUUCAAGCGGCCCUCCUCCACUGAUCCCGAGAUUUUGAAGGAAGUCAAUGAAGCAAGAAACGAACAGCUCGCGGAGUUGGAGAAACUUUUUUCCUUUUUGCAGCGGGAACGGAACUUGAAUAGCUUCGAUGCUCCAAGAACACCAAGAUACGACGCCGUACUCCAGAUCUACAAUGAGAUACGCAGAGUCUAUAAGGAUUUCGAGAUCGAUUGGAUGCAGAUUCACGAUGCGGGAUGUACGAUCGACGACACCGAGCUCCCACAUCACUUGACCAAUAAAGCCGAUCUCGAUCGUCUGAUCGAAGGAACCUUCAAGUCCUUCCUCAAUGCUCUGCCAGCCAUCCCCACGAUCGUCACUGUCGCUAGAUCCUGCGAUGAUGAAUAUUGUCCUGCGGAAGAUGUAGAACAAAUACAAGUUGGCGUUUUGGAUGAAUUACGACAGAGAAUCGGACCGAAGAUUAAUGUGCGUUUGGCUUAUCUUGAGAAAGAAGAAGACUUGCAGUGAAUAUUUACUGCAGCAUUCCAAUAAUAUUCUCCGAUUUUUAAAUUAGAAAGUAUUGGAGAAAG